AUGAUCCGGUCACAGCUAAGCCAGCUUCUCCGGCACGGAGACCGUGCAUGCUUGGGCCUGUCCACACCCAUCCGUCACUUUUCUGUCUCUUAUGCGGCCGCUUCGGAGGGUCAGAGUCCGCCUUCAGGUAUGCUACCCACGCCCUUACCACGCAGACAUACCGCAGACGUCCUCACGCCUGCGGCUUUCAAGCCGGAACUAGGCUGCUUUUUCCCAAGCAUCGCUAAUUGUACUCGCUGGACAGCUCAGACCGGACCCAAACAGAGACCGGCGGCCCCCCCUCGCAAGCCUCGACCUUCCAACAGACCACCGGGACCCGGAGCUCAAAAUAAGGGACGCCCAGCCAAGGUAAUUGAUGCUCGGUCACUUGCGGCCCCUCGUGCCAGUGGCGAACCCCCUAAGAUCAUCCGAAACCCCAGGCUGCGAAACCGAACUAGCAACCAGCCGCAGGGUCGCAAGCCCAAACCCGGGGCCGCCAAAGCCAGCCAGAAAGGUCGGCGGCAAAAUCGAACCCGACGUUCAGAAAAUGAAGUGGAUGACGACGAGGCUGCACAGGCUGCUGCCAUAAAACAAAUUGAGCUUGAGCAGGUGGUCAAGGCGCGCCCGGUGCCCGUUCGCUAUGAGCCGCGGGAUAUCGAUUUCUCUACACUCCAGAAAACUUGGCCCUCACUGCCAACGGACGCAAAUGCCCGCUCUGCCGCCAUUCUCGAGAAGCUGUCGAGUCUGAGCGGCCGCUUUGCAAACGGGUACAUCCCCCCUCAUGAGCUGGGCCGCCGUCUCUGGAAGGGACAAAGUGUCUUGUUCGAGAGCGAGGCUGAAAAGGCGGAGGCGCUAGAGGAAGUCAAGCGUUUAGCCCAAGCACAAGCGGACAAGAUGUCUCAGCGCAAGGGAGAGCCCGUCGAGCCUCGUGACGUCAAGUUCAAGGCCGUCAGUGCGGAUGACACGAAGACGUUGCUGGAGACCAUCGCGCAAGGAAAAUAUCCCGCUUUGGAGGCCGACAAGGACCAGCCGGCUGUCAUGGGUGACGUGCUGAGGAAUCUCCGGAACAAUGCGACUUACCAAACGGCUGGUAAACGGCCCCAGUUCCUAGCCAAGGUUGAGUCCCUACUUGCCUCCAGUCGCGUCAAGCGCACCUAG